GUACAUCGACGGUACAUUCAAGCUGUGUCGCCACCCGUUCACGCAGCUAUUUACCAUCAACGCCUUUGUAGAGAAUGGUGACUGUGCGAAACAGGUACCGAUGGUGUUCGUUUUAAUGUCAGGACGAAAAGCCCGCGACUACACUGCAGUCCUCCAAAGAGUUUCAGAUGCCUUGCCAGACAACCCCUCAGUGGAGACCAUCAUCGCAGACUUUGAGAAAGCCGCCUGGAAGUCAUGCCGCCGAGUCUUCCCCAACAUCACCAUGCGUGGCUGCGUGUUUCACUUAGUUCAAGCUGUCUACCGCAAAGUCCAGGAACUUGGCCUCCAAGUGGCAUAUGCAAACGACGACUCCACUUACAUCCUAAUACGAAAGCUGAUGGCACUACCCUUCCUACCGACCGACUGUAUCAGACGCAACUUCCGACGACUGAAAGACGACGCCACCCCAGAACUCCGACAACUCGUUGAUUACUUCGAGGACAACUGGCUAGCAUCCCCUGUCUGGACCAAAGACAACUGGUGUGUCUUCAAAGAAGCGAUACGGACGAACAACGACAUCGAAGGGUGGCACAACGAUAAUAGUCUGUGAGACAAAUACAUGUCUUUUGGCACUGAAUUAAGUACUUAGUUAACAACAAAUAGUUAACGCGAGUCGAGUGGAUCAUUGCAGUGGUUUGCCGAUGAAAAUUAUUUAAGUUUACCAACAUAUCUUAAACAAAAACUUUGACAUUUCAAGAACUCCAGAACUCUUGAUUAGUUUCUGCUCUAGAAAAAUAGCAAUAAUACAAUGUUAUAUGUGUGGGGCGACAUCACUUAUAUAUAUGGGGCGAGAUCACGGGGCGACAUCACUUCGGGGCGACAUCACUGGUAUUCCAAUUUACAAUAAAGUCAUUACAAAAUACCCACCCACUUUUUAACUCGAAGAUUGCAAAGCAAGAGUUAUAGGAGGGAGAUGAUCUGUGUGAGGGACUAGUAAAUAAGUCACUAAUUUUUUCUGUAAUAAGGGCAUUUAGAAAUCCAUAACCAAGAUGGACAGGUGUUUUGAUACAGAAAUGGCUUUUUAAACACACAAAAUGUGUUUUUUGAGGUCUAGAAGUUCUUGUAUAAGAAUCUGUUGAUUUCAGAAACUGUCGUUUUAGGAGAUAUCGUGUCAAUAUGUCUCAUAGAUACAGCAUUCUAUUAUGAUAAUUUCAAGGAUUAUUCCAAUCCACGUCAAUUAAUAUUUAAUGCUCAUCGAUUCAUCUAAACUUUAUCCUUUGUAAAAAAGCGAUGCAAGGAUGACACUACAGUAAGAACUCAAAAUAUAAAUUUUAACGGUCAGCAUUCAAAGGUAUCAUCACUUCAAACUAAGAAAUUGUCAUGGUGUUGAUAAUUCAUUGUCGAUACAUUUUAUAGAUUUUUUGUCGAAAUUAGACCAUAUCUGAACAAAGUCUGAGGCUUCAUACAAUUUAUGUCCAUGGUAUACUUGUCUAACAAUCUUUGAGUUGUGUCGCCAUUGGCGGCGUGAUUUUUCUUGUAUGUUUACCCUGAUUAUCCAUGAUGCACUUGUAGUAAGAUUUGCAUUUUGUUUUUCAAAUCUACAACAUUUCUGUCAAACAUUUGCUCACUCACUUCUUUUUGUAAACUGCUAAAUUUA